AUGGGGAGGGUGCGUACACAGCGCGAGAAGGCUGUCCUGUUACAGCUGGAGGAGCCCACACAUAGCCCUGUCCCCUCUGCCCCUGUGUCCUUUACCUGUCACUCUGGGGCACCAGCAUCCAGCCCUCUGACCCCCACAGGUGUCUGCAAAGAGGAGGAGCAGCCCCGGCGGGCAGCCCUCGGGGAGGGGCUCUUCUGGGGAUGGAAACUGUUUCGGAAACUUGUGCGUUCGGAAGCUCCUCGGGAACAAGUGGCUUCGUCUCGUAGAAACAGUGACUCGGAGCGGCCGUGGUUACAUAACGGCUGCUGCUCGGAUUGGCAGCCACCGUUUGCAUGUGAUGUCGACAAGCUCCACUUCACGCCCCGGAUCCAGAGGCUGAACGAGUUGGAGGCUCAAACCCGUGUGAAACUGAAUUUCCUGGACCAGAUCGCCAAGUACUGGGAGCUGCAGGGAAGUACUCUGAAGAUCCCGCACGUGGAGAGGAAGAUCCUGGACUUGUUUCAGCUCAACAAGUUAGUUGCAGAAGAAGGUGGAUUUGCAGUUGUUUGCAAGGAUAGAAAAUGGACCAAAAUUGCCACCAAGAUGGGGUUUGCUCCUGGCAAAGCCGUGGGCUCCCACAUCAGAGGGCAUUACGAGCGAAUCCUCCACCCCUACAACCUGUUCUUGUCUGGAGACAGUUUGAGGUGUCUGCAGAAGCCAAACCUGGCCACAGACACGAAGGACAAGGAGUACAAGCCCCACGACAUUCCCCAGAGGCAGUCUGUGCAGCCCGCGGAGACCUGCCCCCCGGCCCGGCGAGCGAAGCGCAUGCGGGCAGAGGCCAUGAAUAUUAAAAUAGAACCGGAAGAGACAGCAGAAGCCAGAACUCACAAUCUGAGGCGUCGAAUGGGUUGUCCAACUCCGAAAUACGAAAACGAGAAAGACGUGAAGAGCAGCAUCAAGCAAGAACCCGUCGAGAAGAAAGAGCACCUUCUAGAAAGUGAGAGGGAGAAACCCAAGAGUCGGCCUAAGAAAACCACCAGUGCUGUGGACCUGUACGUCUGCCUCCUGUGUGGCAGCGGCAGCGAUGAGGACCGGCUGCUCCUGUGUGACGGGUGUGACGACAGCUACCACACCUUCUGCCUGGUCCCGCCCCUGCACGACGUGCCCAAGGGAGACUGGCGGUGUCCUAAGUGCGUGGCCCAGGAGUGUAGUAAGCCACAAGAAGCUUUUGGCUUUGAGCAAGCGGCCAGAGACUACACCCUCCGAACCUUUGGGGAAAUGGCAGACGCGUUCAAGUCUGACUACUUCAGCAUGCCAGUCCACAUGGUUCCCACUGAACUGGUUGAGAAGGAAUUUUGGCGGCUGGUCAGCACGAUUGAAGAAGACGUCACCGUCGAGUACGGAGCCGAUAUUGCCUCCAAGGAGUUUGGCAGCGGCUUCCCUGUCCGCGACGGGAAGGUCAAACUCUCCCCUGAGGAGGAGGAAUACCUGGACAGCGGCUGGAACUUGAACAACAUGCCGGUGAUGGAGCAGUCGGUCCUGGCCCACAUCACGGCCGACAUCUGCGGCAUGAAGCUGCCCUGGCUGUACGUGGGCAUGUGCUUCUCCUCCUUCUGCUGGCACAUCGAGGACCACUGGAGCUACUCCAUCAACUACCUGCACUGGGGUGAGCCCAAAACCUGGUACGGCGUCCCCGGAUACGCGGCCGAACAGCUGGAGAGCGUCAUGAAGAGGCUGGCGCCCGAGCUCUUCGUGUCCCAGCCGGACCUGCUGCACCAGCUGGUGACCAUCAUGAACCCCAACACCCUGAUGACGCAUGAAGUGCCCGUUUACCGGACGAACCAGUGUGCCGGGGAGUUCGUGAUCACGUUCCCGAGGGCCUACCACAGCGGCUUCAACCAAGGCUUCAACUUCGCCGAAGCCGUCAACUUCUGCACGGUGGACUGGCUGCCCCUGGGCCGCCAGUGCGUGGAGCACUACCGCCUGCUGCACCGCUACUGCGUGUUCUCCCAUGACGAGAUGAUCUGCCGCAUGGCCGCCAAGGCCGGCGUGCUGGACGUGGUCGUGGCUUCCACCGUCCAGAAGGAUAUGGCCAUCAUGAUCGAGGACGAGCGAGCUCUCCGAGAGACCGUCCGCAAACUGGGAGUCAUCGAUUCGGAAAGGAUGGACUUUGAGCUGUUGCCGGACGACGAGCGUCAGUGCAUCAAGUGCAAGACGACGUGCUUCAUGUCGGCCGUGUCCUGUGCCUGCAAGCCCGGCCUGCUGGUGUGCCUGCACCACGUGCCCGAGCUGUGCUCCUGUCCUCCUGGCAAGUACAAGCUGCGGUACAGAUACACCCUGGACGACCUCUACCCCAUGAUGAACGCGCUGCAGCUACGAGCCGAGUCCUACAACGAGUGGGCCGUGGCCGUGAGCGAAGCCCUGGAGGCGAAGCUGAGCAAGAAGAGGAGCCUCGCCAGCCUGAAGGCUCUGAUCGAAGAGUCAGAGAUGAAGAAGUUCCCGGACAACGACCUCCUGCGCCACCUGCGCCUGGUCACGCAGGACGCGGAGAAGUGCGCCUCUGUGGCCCAGCAGCUGCUCAACGGGAAACGGCAGACCAGAUUCCGAUCUGGGGGCGGAAAGUCCCCGAACCAGCUGACGGUGAGCGAGCUCCGGCAGUUCGUGACGCAGCUGUACGCGCUCCCCUGCGCCCUCAGCCAGGCGCCGCUGCUGAAGGACCUCCUGAGCCGCGUGGAGGAUUUCCAGCAGCAGAGCCAGAAGCUGCUCUCCGAGGAGGCGCCCCGUGCGGCCGCGCUGCAGGAGCUGCUGGACGUCAGCUUUGAGUUUGACGUGGACCUCCCACAGCUCACGGAGGUGCGCGUCCGCCUGGAGCAGGCCCGCUGGCUGGAGGAGGUGCAGCAGGCGUGCCUGGACCCCAGCUCCCUCACCUUAGAUGAUAUGAGGCGCCUCAUAGACCUGGGGGUGGGCCUGGCCCCGUACGCAGCCGUGGAGAAAGCCAUGGCCAGGCUCCAGGAGCUGCUCACAGUGGCCGAGCACUGGGACGACAAGGCCCGGAGCCUGCUCAGAGCCAGGCCCCGGCAGUCACUGACCAGCCUGGCCACGGCCGUGAAGGAGAUGGAGGAGAUCCCCGCCUACCUGCCCAGCGGGGCGGUUCUGAAGGACUCGGUGCAGAGAGCCAGGGACUGGCUGCAGGACGUGGAGGCCCUGCAGGCUGGAGGGCGUGUGCCCGUGUUGGACACGCUGGUGGAGCUGGUCACGCGAGGCCGCUGCAUCCCCGUGCACCUGAGCCCCCUGCCACGGCUGGAGUCCCUCGUAGCGGAGGUCCAGGCCUGGAAGGAAUGUGCUGCCAACACAUUCUUGAUGGAGAACUCCCCGUACUCCCUCCUGGAGGUAAGGGCAGUGGCCGCAGGCAGCCCCUCGGUUCCCAAACAGUGUGAGGAGAAGGCUCGACACCUGCAGGAGCUGCUGGAGGUGGCAGAGCAGAAGCUGCAGCAGACCCUGCGGAAGGCAGAGACGCUGCCGGAGGUGGAGGCCGAGCUGGCCCAGAGAAUCGCAGCCCUCACCAAGGCUGGCACGGUGUCCCCGCACUUCACACGCAUGACGCUCUCCUCUGUCCCUGCCUUUCAGAUGGCGGCCCUGGGGGAAGCCCGCCUCCGGGAGAUGGAGGCCCUGCAGUCCCUCCGCCUGGCCAACGAGGGGAAGCUGCUGGCGCCCGGCCAGGAGGCGGAGAUGAAGGUCUGCCUGUGCCAGAAGGCCCCGGCCGCCCCGAUGGUCCAGUGCGAGCUCUGCCGGGACGCCUUCCACACGGGCUGCGUGGCCGUGNCCGGCCCCCGCGUCUGGCUGUGCCCCCUCUGCCGGCGCUCGGAGAAGCCGCCCCUGGAGAAGAUCCUGCCACUGCUGGCCUCCUUGCAGCGCCUCCGCGUGCGCCUGCCCGAGGGCGACGCCCUGCGCUACAUGAUCGAGAGGACGGUGAGCUGGCAGCACAGGGCCCAGCAGCUGCUGGCGUCCGGGAGCCUCACGCCCGUGCAGGCGAGCACUGGCCCUGGGAUGUGCCACAGCAGGUGGCCGGCCGCGGCGGGACCGGCGUCCAAGACCAGCAAGGCGCCUCAGCCUCCCGGCACCGCGUCCUCCGAGCCCGGCGACCAGGACAGCAGGAGCUCAUCUCUGCAGGCUCCGUUCUCGGCGGGACGGAGCUGCAUUCCCCUCCACGGUGUGAGCCCAGAAGUGAGCGAGCUGCUGAUGGAGGCGCAGCUGCUCCAGGUAACCCUCCCUGAGAUCCAGGAGCUUUACCAGGCGCUGCUCGCGAAGCCCAGCUGCCCAGCAGNGGAGGCUGAACGGAGUUUGCUUGUCUCCCCCCAGAGCGACUGCUGCCGGGCGAAGCGAGAGGGAAGCAGCAGCCUGGAGAGGAAGCUGAAGCGCCGCCCCGAGAGAGCCGACCUCGCCGGCGAGCGCUGGGGCCGGGUGCGGAAAGUGUGGGCCCCCGGGAGGAAGAGGAUCAGACUGGGCCCCCCCCAGGACACGGACACUUUCCCAUUAGAGAGCGAGCGCGGCUACGCGCCCGUCCGCCCCGCCGACACCCACUCCCUGCCCUCGGACACCUCCUCCUCGGAGCAGGAGGACUCGGAGGACGAAGACGCCAUCUGCCCGGCUGGGAGCUGCCUGCAGCCGGAGGGAGACGAGGUGGACUGGGUCCAGUGUGAUGGCAGCUGCAACCAGUGGUUCCAUCAGGUCUGUGUUGGCGUCUCCCCAGAGACGGCGGCGAUGGAGGACUACGUCUGUGCGCGCUGCGCGGGGAAAUAGCCGCCCGGUGCCAUUCCGGACCCACCGGGCGGGCCCGCGGCUGUUCCCCGGCAAAGCCACAGGACUGGGCCAGACCAGCCUGUACUCGGUGCUAUUUCUAUUCCGAAUGGAUCGUUUUCCAGAACUCUUUGGAAAAAAGAAAAAAAACUAAAAAAAUUUUUGACACCUUU